GAAAGUAUAAAUAAUCUCAACUUUCUGAUCUUUGUCCACAGAGCGGCGUCCCGCUCCCGCAGCCGAUCUCGUAGCAAGAAGAAUAAGCUGAAGGUCAAGAAGGAAGAAGAAGAGCGCAGCAAUGGCGCGCCGAAGAACAAGGACCGCAGCAGGAGCCGCAGCCCCAAGAGCCGCAGCCCCAAGAGCAAAAAGAGCAAGAAAGACGUCAAGAAGAAGAAGGAUGACUCCAGGUCUCGCUCUAGGUCUCGCUCCAGGUCUCGCUCUAGAUCAGGAAUUAAAGAUCGCUCCAGGAAAUCAGGCUCCAAGGGCCGUGAGCCAGUUAAGAGCGAGGACGAGGGGGCUGAGCCCGAGAGGGGCUCCCGCUCUCGUUCCCGCUCCCCCGCUGAAUCAAAAUCCAGAGCCAGGUCUAAAUCAAAGUCCAAAUCCAAAUCACGUACCCCCACACCUGCCAAAGCCCGCUCCCACUCCCGCUCCCGCUCAGAGUCACGCUCCAAAUCCCACUCUGCCUCUCGCUCCCGUUCCCGCUCUUAGUUCAUAUUUUUGACAGUUGUCAUGAGCCCUGAUCCCAGUGUCUCCCCCCUGCCCUCCAUUUACAUUCCCCAGAUCCCACAACACUACCCCUGCCCCUGUUUUUUGAUAAAUAGCUGUAGUGUUCCAGGCAUUUGUGCUUCAUGUCUUUUAUGCACAUGCUACUCAAUUUCCUUUGACUUUUACGCAACAUAUUUUUUCAUUAGAGCUGUAUCGUAUGGGGGUGUUUGUAAAAUAACAGGGUGCAAUCUCAGUUUUAUAAGUUUAAAUGAUGGUAUGUGUUUUAGCCUUUUUUUAAUCAAGUGUAGAAGCAUACGGUUCGGUGGGAAUAUGUCCCAACGUCUCCUCACCUUUUGUGAAAUUCUUGUAUCAUUUUAUUUCCGAUUAAAAAUGAAAUGCCUGUUCCAAA